AUGAAGGCGUUGCCGUCAGCGGUCCCGCCGGGCCGCCAUGCGCGGAUGGAAACCUUCCUCGCUUGUGCCUGCAACUGCUUCUCAUCAGUAGGCAUGCUUCUCUUCAACAAGCUGGCCAUUGAAGCCUUCCCUUUGGAAUGCUCUCUCGUGUGGCUACAACUUGUCUUUGCCACGGUCGCGUUACUUAGUCUUGCAUGGCCUUCGAUUCACAUCGGCAGCUUCCGGGAUUUGUGCAGAUGGUGUCUGGUGGUUCCCUUCUACUGUGGAAUGCUGAUGACGUCCAUCUUGGCACUCAAGAGCGCUCCUAUGAGCGUCAUCAUCGUCGUGCGGAAUGCAUCACCGUUGAUCUCGUUGGCCAUCGAGCGGUUUUAUCCCGAGCCUCUGAGGAUCAGUGCUCCCAUGCUCUUCAGCAUCCUCAUCAUGCUCAGCGGUGCAGGUAUGUAUGUGUCCCAGCUCCCCCAACAGCACUUGCGAGGUGUUGGCUGGGUUCUUCUGAACAGUGUCGUGGCUGUGGGAGACCGGUUGCUGCAGCGCCUCCUCUUGUCCAAGCAUCAGCAGCCAGUAGACAUCUCAAAGACCGGCGUCAUCCUCAUCAACAACCUCUGUGGUCUUGUGCCGGUUGGUUUGCUCGUUUGGAUACACCAGGAAGCCGCUCAGGUGCCGCGAGCCUAUGCAUCUCUGAGCUCCUGGGGUCUCCUCUACGUCUUCUUGUCAUGCGUCAUCGGACUGUCUCUUAGCUACACCGGCGUCUGGGCACAGAGCCUCAUCAGCGCAACCAGCUUCCUCGUCAUGGUCAAUGCGAACAAGUUCCUGAUCAUUGUACUUGAAGCCUUUGGCCUUCAUGCGAUGGCUCUGAGUCCCCUGCAGGUGGCCGGGGCCAGCCUUACCAUCCUCAGUGGUGUGAUGUAUAGCAUGGAGCGUCAGGCCUUGGAGCAAGAGGCUGAGAACGGGACAAAAGAAAUGAACAGUGGCAUUCACUGCAGUGACCCGACAGAUGCAACACAGCCCUCGACAUCGAGCCAUUUUGAGUUCACUUCGAAGGGAGCCGACAUGCCCGAGUCCUUACUCGUGGGGGUGCAGUUCAAGGUGGAAGGUCUGGACUUCAUCCAGCUUGUUGCAGACAGUGCCUUCCUUGAGCAGUUCAAGCAAGUCGUCAAAGGCGCUCUGAUUGCAGCUACUGCGCGGGCAGACCGACGAGCGGAGGACCUGGUUCUUCAGCUCUCUCCUGGUUCGGUGGUGGUUCAAGCACGAAUGGCUGCAGUCGCCAGGGGAGGAGAAAGCGUCGCAGCUGCAAUGACCAUCCUUGCGGAUGGAAUGCGGCACGAGGCAAGCGCACUCCAGCGAGACUUGAUUGUCCGGCUUGCCGGCAUACAAGGUCUUUCGUCAGUGGCCUACAGCGCCAUCUCAGUGGGACCAAUCAGCGUCAGUCUUCUUGCCGUGGAGGCAACGCCACAGCCUGCUCACACGGUGCAGGACUUCAUCCCCCUUUGGGCCAUUGUCGCCCUGAGCAUCCUGACCUGCUUCACGAUGAUCGUCGGCCUGAUCGCUGUCUACAUGCAGAGGAGAUGGGCGGAAGAACGGCGAAAGCGCUCCCUCGGCGGCUCCGAAGGCUCUGACCCCGUGUACAUGACCCGUCGCGUUCGAAGCCGUGUUCCAGGCUCCACCAGCCCGCAGACCGCAUCUGAGAGUCCGGAGGCUCCGAAGAAGAGGAGUACUUCCAGGCUCUUGAUGAGCAAGAGGGCAGCUGGGGCUAUGCGGAAGGUUCGAUUUUCCGAUGCGGAGAUGCCAGAGGUGCAGGAGUAUGACCCACGAGAGCUUCAGUUGGCUGCCGCGGAGAGCAGCCAACGCAACCAGAAACUCGAGGCCAAAGUUGCCGAGCUGGAAGCAGCUUUAAAGAACGUGCAGGGCACGCUUUGCGUCGCAGAGGACCGCCUGGCAGAGGUUUCCAAGGAGCGCGAUCAGCUUUCGCUCUCGGUAAGCGGUGCGCAGAGCUCCACGCUGCUGCAGCAAAGCCACUUCGCAAGGAGCUCUUCGGGGACGCGAAGAUCGCUAGGAAUCCUCGGCGAUUGCGAGGAGAGCAUGGGCGAGACGGCCGUGGAAAGAGGGGAAGUUGUGCAUAAGCUGGAAGACCUGGAAGCUGGAAGUUUGGAUGGCUUCGUCCGACAUCAAGAGGUACUGGACGCAGAGUCCGUGAGAUCGGACCCCCGCUCCGAGUUUAGUCUCUGGGCUACAGAGACUGGCAGCCAUCAAGGCGGCACUUCAGAGUCGGCCGGUUUGGACCAGCCAGAUGACGACCUGCAGAUCACACGCGGUUGCAUGUUCGAUGCAAUCCGAAUGCGAGAGAUGCCUCCUGCAUCCUCGGGACGGUCGGGAUCUUUAAAGUCUUUGGCCCAGGCUGGCUGGCCAACCGUAUUGGCAGAUGCCCUGCAUUUCACUCGGCUCACUUCGUGUGAGUGCCACCAGGUGCCCGGAACAGCCAGUGCUGUUUUCCGCAGCUACGAAGAGCGGUUGGACGACACCCGGCUGGUGCAAACCCCUGAGGAGGACGAGGAGCUGAUCAUCAAGGUGCCCUUUGUCUCUCCUGCCAAGGAUACAGCAUUGUAUUUGCCGUCUGGGCAGAGCAGAGAUCUAGGAGCGAGUGUGGCCACCAAAGCUGGCGAUGCGAGCGUUCCGGCAGCGAGCCGUCCAUCUGACGGCGUGAAUGUCGUCUGGCACAAAUGGUCGGACCUUCGCCUUCUCGACCACGAGCCGCUGUGGCAUGCGCAUGCCAAGCCUGGCCCCGUCCUCCACGUCCACCUUGUAGAGCUGCCGCUGCUCAGCGGACAGAGCCGGGUGGGGAAGGUGCCCCGCUGCUCUGCACGGCGAGCGGAGUUCUGGCGUCAAAGCGUGGAGGAUCUGGCUAUCCGACUAGAGGAACGAGGACAACAACUGGUUGUCGAAGCUGUUGAGGAUCCGAGCACCUUCUUCGCCGCGCUGUGCGAACAGAUUCCCGUUUCUGGCGUGUACGCCCACCGGGAGUUCUGCGAAGAGGAGCUCGAGACGGAGGCAGCAGUGCGGCGAGCUCUCUCAGCUUGCGGUGCCGAGCUGCACACAUUCUGGGGCGCUCUAACGGUGCACCACAUCGACGACCUGGGCUUUGAUGCACGCAGCAGGAGUGAGAUGCCCAUGUACAAGGGCGAGUUCCAGCGGGCAGCCAAGCGGCGACCCAUCCGGGAGGUGCUGCCAAUUCCAACGCUGCGCAAGCCACCGGAGAACUAUCGAUCGAGGAGCGACAUCGAACCGGCCUUCGCUUCCGGUCUUCCCCAGCCGCCUCUGGAGGAGCGUCAGGUCUUUCGCUGGCAAGGCGGUGAGACAGCUGGCCUGGAGCAUUUGAGAAACUACAUCGAUUCGGGACAACUUGCGAGUUACCGGGGAGCGACGGAGUCUUUCGCCCACGGCGAGGAGAAUCCGGUGAACUCUGGGACUCGACUGAGUCCAUGGCUGGCCUUUGGCUGCCUCUCUGCACGCAUGGUCAUCAAAGAGGCACGGGAGUACGAGCGAAGGCACGGCAAGACCAGCUCGGGCAAGGGCAUUGGAAAGAUCGGUUCCACGGGGACCCGGCUACACACGGAGCUCCUUUUUCGGGACUUCCUGCGCUUCUCUGCUCUGGCCUGGGGCACCUCGCUCUUCAAAAUUGGAGGGCCGUUUCACGUCCAGGGCCUCGAGUGGAGCCGAGACAUGGAGCUGUUCCGAAAGUGGCGCGAAGGGCAAACAGGUUUCCCCUUCGUGGACGCCGGCAUGCGCGAGCUUGCCGCCACUGGGUACAUCUCACAUCUCCAUCGGCAGUGCUGUGCUGCCUUCUUGGUGCGAGACCUGCGCCUGGAUUGGAGGAUGGGCGCAGAGCAUUUUGAGUCUUGUCUGCUGGAUCACACUCCGGACGCCAACUGGGGCAACUGGGCCUACCGAAUCCUGCAGCGACCCUGCUUGGUUGAAACCCGUGCCAAGUAUCCGGUCGAGGAGCACAUUACCACAGUCGAGGUGGUUGCAUGGCCGGCAGUCCACGAUGCUCGACUAGAACACACAUUGCGCUGGUGCCCCGAGCUCCGCAAGCUCCCCAAGGAUUUGGCCCGCGAGCCGUGGCUGACCGACACCGUGCCAGAAAAGCGGAUUUCCAUCAGGCCCUACAAGGACUCACCUCUUUGGUUCUGUGCGGCCAACCGAACCAACUGGGACUACGAGUACUUCUGGCUUCCUGGGCAUGCCUGGACAGUGAAGCCAGGCAAAAGCGAGGCGAAGCUGAGUGACUUCCACCUUGGCCGCGACUACCCGAGGCCCAUCGUUCCUCCCUUGAACGUGGAGCUGGACCUGGAUAUCUUGCCUGUGAAAUUCCACAGCUGGGGAACUGAGCCAGCAGUGUGCCAACACAUCUGGGGAGGAUCGAAACGGCCAGACGGGUCAACAACUGAGGGCAAAGGCAAAAGUCACGGCAAAGUCGGUGGUAAAGGGAGCGGUAAGAGGUCAGGAAAGGGCCAGGGCAGUCAAGGUCCCUCCGUGAGUGCUGCAACCCUUGGCAAAAGAGACGGCAUCAAGCCGACUGGCAAGAGUAAAAGCGCCGUGCAUCUAUCUCCAGGGGCUCGUGGCGCAGGGCUGCGCUAUGAGAAGACAAGUGGCAGCGACAAUAUCACCAGCAUCACAGUGAUCGGCGGAGAUGGCGGAUCGGCACCCAGCAGCGUCAAGCUGUACAUCAACCGUGAAGAUUUGGACUUCACAUCAGUUGGUGAUAUUGAGCCAACGCAGGAGGUGCAGCUUGUGGAGGACUUUCACGGGGCUAUUCAGUUCCCGCUGCGCGCUGCAAAGUUUCUGUCUGUCACAAACGUCAGCCUCUACUUUCCGCACAGUUUCGGAGGCGAGCGUACGCGGAUCCACUGGAUUGGCCUUUGGGGCGUCGGAUCCGAGCACAAGCGGCAGGCUGUGAUGACGGUCUACGAGGCCAUUGGCAACGCCAAGGACAACGACGUGAAGGACGAUGCUCGAGACCCAGGAACUCUUCUCCCUUUGGAGUGCCAGCAAGGGUUAGCCGGGUCUUGGAUGAGACAGCUGUGGAGCUAUGUCAUCUAUCCAAUCGGCUGUGAGGAGAAAAGAUUUCUUGGUUUCCCUGGUGUAUACAAUCCGCCCCCCCGAUAA